CGCACUUAGUCUUGUACUGUUUGCCGGACCGCAAAUCUGAAAAUUUUCCUCCGUGUUGUGCUGAGUAUUCUGGAGGCUUCGUAAAACCUCGGGAUAUUUGGGUGAUCACAACACCUGUGAUGUGUUGAAAGUUGAACUGACCGCUGAUUAAUAGACUGUGCUUAUUUGUGCUUUGUUGUGUGAAACGCGCGAUGCCUUCCGCAAAUAAGGAUAAGAUUUUCGGGCCCUGGAGCCGAAGUGAUAGCACUGGAUCCAUGUAUCUUUCGAACAAUAAUAACGCGGAUAAUUUGGUGAAACUGUACUCGAGAACGGCUCCAACCAGUCCAAGGUGGACACCGUCUGUUUCCAGACACAACUCGCCUCCAAUGCCUAGUUCACCGUUAUCCUCGUCGCCACCAUCAACUUUGCGUCGGAACUAUUCCAGCACCUUCAUGUUGAUUCCUGAAGAUCGUGCCGUUGAUCCGGUUUCCGUCGAGCCAGCACCCUCGAAAAAUGUCAAUGGCUCACCAAGAGAUGAGCCAGUUGAUAAAUAUCGUGUAUCUAACGGGCGCAUCAUUCUGCGCCUGUUUCUCUGGUGGCCACUAUUGAUGAUCGCAAUAGCUCAACGCAUUAUAGGAUUUUUUAUGCAACUUUGCUGGAGACCAUUCCUGUUUGCAGCUCCCGCAUUUUGGUUAUCGGCUUGCCUAUGGAUGUUCUGGAAGCUCAUAGCGUUACCCUUGGCAUGUCUCAAAUGGGCUCUCGUUGCCCUACAUACUCCAGCUCACGAGCGCAAUCGCAAGAAGCGAACAGUCCUGAUCAGUUGCGGAAGUACGAUCCAAGCCCUACACCUAGCCAGAAACUUUUACAAGUCUGGCGCAAGAGUUGUAGUGUUCGAUUUCGAAGGAUUAUUCGGAUUGGCCCGAUUUUCAACAGCCGUGAGCAAGUUCUACACCGUUCAGAAACCCACCCCAGAAACAGCGAACGAAUACAUUGCAGCUCUGUGUGAAAUCGUUGAAAAAGAACAGCCAACUCAUUACAUACCCGUAUGUGCAACCAGUGUAGCUCAUUACGAUGCACUUGCAAAACCACAUCUGGAGCUUCGGGGAUGUUCCAGCUUUAUACCUGGGACACAGGAAACCUCCGUACUUGACGACAUCCUGCAGGUCAUGCGAAAGUGUGAGCUUAAUAACAUUGCUUUGCCUCCUCAUCAAGUGAUUGCCUCGAAGGAAGAUUUGUACCGGCUGUACGAAAACGGAUGGCUUUCCGGAUAUCGUAAUGUGAUGUUCUCGUCCGGAAUGCUUGGCGUACUGGAACGCACCAAAUACGUGCUGCCAAUGCAUCGUCGGGAUCUGAAGCUGAACUAUGAAAUCAGUGAGAUGCAAAAGUGGGUAAUCGUUCGCGAUGUUAUCGGUGCACAAUACGUAACGUGUACAACCGUCAAGGACUCUCAAGUGGUUGCCAACGUGACUUGUGUGAUUCAGAACGACACUCGCAGUCUAGUGCCGGAGCAGAAUGAAGAGAUAGAACAAUGGCUGAAAGAAUUUUUCCGCAAGAUACGUCUACAACGUCCAUUAAACGGACACAUCAGCUUCCGGUUGUCGAAAUGCAAGUCCAGCGGGGAAAUUCUACCACUCGGGAUUCGCGUUGGAGUCUCAUUGCCCUACAUCUGUUAUACCGGAGUUCAUUCGCGAGUUAUCUGUCGACCAUGCCCACAUUUCAAUCGACAGAAUUCUGGACCCCUGGUACAGGACGGAGGUCGCUACUGGAUUCACGAGACAGUCUUGAAGGCAGUUCGUCAACCAAGCGUGGAUGCCGUUCAACAGUUGAUAGGAACUGUUCUGGAUAAACGAGAAGCUCUCUUCGUGUACUGGGAUCCGCUGCCAUAUUGUGCAUACUACCACUUCCAGCUUCCGUUCAACUCGGUUAAAAUGUUCCUCCAGAGACGGCAACGAGGGCGGACCAUGCCACGUGCCGCUGCACCGGUCCAGUGAUCACGAGCAAGAGAUGUGCUCAAUCAAUUUACUGAUGAUAGGCCAGCCCAGUCACGGGGCGAUAACAGCGGGUGGUGAUUUGUUGUUGAGUUGUUUUAGGAUUUUUUUCAGACACGGUUUAAUAAAAACGGAGAGAGAAGCAAUAGACUUGCAAAUAAUCAAACGAAAAAUGAUGCGUGUGCAGCUGAUGAGUGAUUGAAUGUUGUUUAGCUUAGGAUCCGGAUUCUAUAGUACACUGUAAGGUCUAGCGGUUAGGAUGAUACUUUGAACUACCUACUUAUGAUUGGGGGACUUUUAAGGUUUGAAUUUUGUUGCUGGGCAACAAGCGAAAAAUGGUGAAUCUCUUAUCAUACAUUUCGAUGUAAACAUGAAAAAGUACAAAUAUAAAUAAACCAUUACCAAUAGCAA